UAACAUACAAAAUGUCGUCUUUAGGAUCGGAAAAUCGUAUGGAACCCUUUUUUGUUUCAUCUUGGAGGCCCAACUCUAACCUACCGGUACGAUACGGUCAUAGCGAACUUGGUUUCUUUUCUAUUGACGAAGAAAGGCACUUCUUACCAAACAAAUGUAAACUUGGGACGUUGCAGCUACCACAGAACUGUGAUAGCCUCGAUAUAGAUUUAAAUGUGGGAUUUGAGCAAUGGAAAGAUCUCCCAAACGUCCAACAACACCUUGAUUCCAUGCUGCAAUGGAUUCUACUGAACAAACAAUUGAUGACGAGAACAGGUGACUUCCGCUCGAGCAAGGAUGGUGGCAGACUGGAUGUGGACUUUGUCACGUCGCGUGGUAAUCUGGCGCGUAUCCUUAACAUUUGGAGUGGAAAAGAUGGCAAAGGCCGAAAGUGGACCCUUUUGGCCACUCGCUACAGAGGAACAGUUUACCUGAGCCACAUCGAAGAUAAUCGAGACGAUGAAAUGUCGUCCUUUGCUCGAAGGGUUUGUUACUGGGGAAAAAGGUUUGAAGUGGAAGUCACUGCACCCGCAGAAGAAGACUCGCUCCCAGGCUAUUCGCGCGGAAACAAAGAGGAACGAUAUGGUCCUAUGAAAGCUUACCCAGGGUUCUUUUCAGUCGUAAGAUUUCAGUUGGAAGGUCAUAAGAUUGCGCUAAGAGCUGAAAUUGAUGCCCAAACGCAAGCUCUGGAUGAGCUUCAAAUUCCAGACUACGUUGAACUCAAAGUUACGACCGAAAAUAUUGUGCGGGCUACUUGGGCGUUUAAACGAAAGAGACUGGUACCCUGGUGGUGUCAAUCAAUCAUUUCAGGAACGCCGCUUAUUGUGUAUGGUAUCCGAGACUACGAUGGUCACGUGAAACGUAUCCAGCACGUGAGAACUGACGAGAUACCUGAUGAGGUUGGGCAUGAAAAUCUCGACAAAGAUGGGUGUUUGAUGUUCUUGAGUGAUGUGCUCUCUUGGAUGAAAGACAUCGUGUUCGAAGAGGACACCAUGGCUGUCUAUACCUUUCAGUGGGAUCCAAACGCGCCUGCUAAUGGCGUGACGGUGAGCGCGUUGCGUGACACACAGGGCACUUUCUUGCCUGAUUGGUACUUGAAUGAGAUGGAAGAUUAUUUUGCGAGUCUUUGUGAUCAACGGCAAAGCAAAGGCCAGAAAAGAAAAAUGGAGGACGAAAGUCAAAAUAAAGAUCGAAAGGAAGGAAUGAAGGAUAUGCGUAAACGACUUGAAGAAUCUUGGCCAAGAACAACGGAGUCUGGAAAGUCGGACUAUCAUGAGAACAUACAACGAAGGAAUUUAUCCCACCCCACGACGCGGAGGUCGUAUGACGACCGCGAUCGCGGAAAAGCAACGCAGGUGUUGUCGCAUGACACACCUCAUGAGGGGCGCCGCCCAAAAAGAGAAUCGUCCCAAAGAGGAGAUUUCAAAAGAGAACAUCACGCGUCAAGCGUGGCCUAUAGAAAUGAUACCGAACGUGCCAUUGGAACUGAGACGCGACUUCAUCUUGGUAGAACUAGCACUCGUGAUGAUCACCGGCACCCAUCGCCACAGUUUCAUCAAAGUAACAGAAAGCAACUUGAUAAAGUUACAAGAUCUGAAAGAUACCGUCGAGAGGAGGAAGAUCAGAGACGGCCACGGUCGUGGUCGGUUAUGUCGCCACGUAUGGAAACACAUUCCCUAAGAUCGGGUAAUAAAGGUUAUCCUUUUGCCGAUGCUGAACGGAAAUCAGAAGAGUCAAGAGUUAAACGACCCAAGCGAGACUCGGAGCAUCGAGGUUUCAGAAGACACUGAUAUUCAUAUCGGAACUUCAAAAAAGAACCUUUAAAUCGAAAUUCAGUUACCUAUAAACAAUCUUCACAAAAAUAGGAAAACAUAGCGCGUGAGGAAAUGCAAGAUAUUUUUUGUUGAAAAUACAUUUUAGGAACGUUUAAGUAUUUUUCACUUUGUUUGAUACAAAUGUACAUAUGUAAUAAUCAUUCUCUGUCAUAUUUAGUCUAGACGUAUUUGAGGCUACCACCUCUAUUUUUAAUCGAGAUUUAAAAGAGUCGAUUAUCCAAACAACCAAUGUAUUUUAUAGACAAUCUUUUAACCAAAAAAACAAAACAAAACAAAACAAAAAAAGAAAA